UUUAGCCUUGCGUCCGCCCUUGGUUCCACUGUCUAUUGUCUGCUAUAUUAGGCAACUUCCUUGCACCUGAUCACGCAUAAUUGAUCAUUGAAGUAUGCUUGAAGCCUUAAACAUUCUGCCCUUUGGAAAGUUAGUUGACUGCAUUUUUUUAUGGAUCCAUCAAGAAUUUCCCUCCGUCCCUUCAAGCUUUCUGAUGUUGAUGACUUCCUGAAAUGGGCUGGUGAUGAGAAAGUAACCCGUUAUAUGAGAAGGAAUCCCAUUACUUCUAGGGAAGAAGCAGCAGAGCAUAUUGCAAAGGUUGCCAUAGCCCAUCCAUGGCAUCGGUCUAUAUGCUUGGAUGAUCGUUCAAUUGGGUACAUUUCCGUCCGGCAAUUGUCAGGUGAUGAUAGAUGUAGAGGAAACAUGGGAUAUGCGAUAGCUGCAGAGUAUUGGGGACAAGGGAUAACCACAAUUGCAGUGAAGAUGGCUCUGUCUAGUGUGUUUCAAGAUUUUCCUGACUUGGUAAGGCUUGAGGUUUUUGUGCUGGAAGAGAACAAGGGAUCUCAAAGGGUAGUCGAGAAAGUAGGGUUUCUGAAAGAAGGUGUGUUGAGGAAAUAUUUAUAUUGUAAAGGUCAAGUUCGGGAUUUGAUUGUCUAUAGUUUUCUGUCAACCGAUAAGGUUUUGUAAUCCAUAAGUUCUAAACUAUAAUCUGUAAUUACAGUAUCUAAUCCAAUGAACAUGUGGUUAUGGUUUCCUUUUA